AUGCUCCCUAUGGUACAGGGAGUUUUGCGCCGAUGGAAUGUAAGGUUGACGGAUGACAACGGCCAUGAAAUCACCGCCCCAAAUCCCGAGAUAAACGAAGAUGCCAAUUUGGAAGACGUGUCAGAGCCUGCUGUCCACCCUGCAAGCAUAUCUCGGCAGAGCUAUGACUACCACCCUAGUGUAUGGGACGUUCUGAAAGUUCGAUUUCUGCUGCAGCGGAUAGGCGCCCUGCCCACCGAGAUCGUGGAUGAAAUCAUCGACGCGGCAGAGUACUGGCCGUCCACCACGACGACCAUGGCCAGCGCGGACGAUGAAUCUCACAGAAUUAUCAGGAAAGACCGGGAUCAGGUCCUGGUGAAGACUGUACCUCUCUGCUAUGAUCGCACGGAACUCGAACAGUCGCCCGACAACCCACGCUCACUUCCUCACCGUUCUCGCCACCAAGUAUGCCGCAAGAUCGUCUUCCGUCUCUCAUCUCAUGACCAAGGGCCCGGCCAAGUGCGCCCAAAUAUGUAUCAUGAGUCCUGGACCUGGUUCGACGCGGAAGUGAUCCGCGGCGCGCACGCCAAAAACAUGUUUGCGAAUGGUGAGGAGCAAGAACUGCUGGAGGACGAGAAGGGCGAAUACACCAAGCACUUUGGUCCUGAUGAUCGCCUUCUACUCCCACACGCCAACAAGCUGCAGUCCAACGGCGGUCGCUGCUACGAGAGGCAAGAUGUCGAAAUCAUCUGGCACUACCAAGACGACAUCGAAGCUGACUCACCCGAGGCCUCCCUCAUUGAGAGCCGCAAGGGUCGUGGCCGUGCCACUUUGGAUGGACGUGUGGUGCGCGAGAUGGAAGUGGGGGACUCUAUUGCUGUCUGGGCUCGUGCACGAUUCCCCGGGUGGUCGAACCAUGUCUACGGUGCUUCUGUGACGGUAUUCUGGGCUAUCUGA